AUGAAUAUUCCUGCGGUAAUCAUCCUUGGAGUUGGGAAUUAUCCUGAUUCCUGCAUCGACGGCAACCGCGCGUUCGAAUUUGAUGCCCAAAGAAAUAAACUUGUGAUUUACGCUUCGCCAUCUCGAAGCAUCGCGAAGAACGAUGGGGAGGUGAAUACGACUCAACAUUUCUCGCUAGAAGAAGUUUCCAGACACAAUGGCAAAAUUAGAAAAACCGUAUGGUUGGUAAUUAAGAGUAGCGUGUAUGAUGUGUCAGACUACUUAGACAAGGUAAUUUACACAUAG